AAAAUAAUACAAACAUUUUAAAAAAGUGGAAUGAGGUGAAAUGUAACGAGAAAACGUUGCAAUGUUGACACAAAGUUGCCAUGCAGGCUGUUUUUUUCUUCUUUUGUCUUUGUUUAUUUUUAUUUUUUUUGCCAUUGCUCGGAAGAAAAAAAAAAAAAAAGACAAAAAAUCUAUGUUACAAUGAAUUAUUACUUAAAAAAUGUCACUUUAAAAUGUUUUAUGUGGAAAAAAUAUUGCAAAUAUUGUGUGGUUGCCAUAUAAAAACAUCAAAGUUUUAUUUGACAAAAGAGCAUAAAACAAACAAAAUAAUAGUUCAAACGUAAAAUCGACAGAUAUAUCUGAAGUUGAUCUCGUAAUUUAAGUGUGAAAAGUUAAAAAAAAAAAAAAACUAAUAAAAGUAUCACUUUAUGAGUGGGAGACCUUUUGGAUCCCAAAUAUAUUUAGUGGGAUUUUAUUUAACUUUUCACUGUGAUUACUCAACAAUAUUAAAGAAUUCAAAUCAAUAGUGUCCUGCAUUAUUGAUCUUUUAGGGUUCUAAUGACUAAAUACUGCAUAUUUCAGUUUUACUAUAAAAAACAAAGUUGUCUUUGACAGAAAAAGCAUAAAACCUGUUUUUUUUUUACUUGAUAUCAACCUGAAGUUGAUAUAGAGAUAUACUGUAAAAAAAAAUAAAAAAAAUAAUUUGACUGAGACCCUUGACCCUUGACUGGUCCCCGGAAGCCCUAAAGGUUAAAAAAAUAAAUCUAUAUAUUUUGUUAUGGUUUGAAAAUGGCAAAAUAUGAAAAUGGCCCCCGUAUGCUUACAUUUUUCCAUGUGUGGCUCUCAGUGGAAGAAGUUUGGACACCCCUGAUCUACACUGUGCAUCUCCUGGGGGCUAAACCCCCCUGUCCUUAAAAGCUAGUGACGCCCCUGGAUGUAAAUAUAAACGGAAUACAAUGAUUUGCAAAUCAUUUUCAAGCCAUAUUCAGUUGAAUAUGCUACAAAGACAACAUAUUUGAUGUUCAAACUGAUAAACAUUUUUUUUUGUUGCAAAUAAUCAUUAACUUUAGAAUUUGAUGCCAGUGUCACGCCAAAUUUCUUCCCCCCCCUUCAAAAACCUACUUCCGGGGCCGCGUCCAAUGAAGUCACAAUGUUGCCGGGGGUCCUUAACCGGCACGCGACUGUCCUGUUUUGCGCCUGUACAAAAAAACAACAAUAAUCGAUUUCUUCAGAUUCCAGCAGCUGUCAAAGACAAAGUAUCCUUCCAGCGACGGGCAGUCAAAGCCGAAGUGCUAUCGAUCGCUGCCAAUGACGUAAGAGGAAACAUGACCACGGAAGUAAAUGGGGGGAAAGGUUUUUGUAGGGGGAAGACAUUUGGCGUGACACCAGCAACACGUGUGGCACGUUAUCACGUGUCACUCCCCCGCCCCUCCCUCACAACUCCAGAAAUCUGAGGUCUCACGGUUGGCAACACAUCACACGGCAGACUGAGACGCCACCAUCGUUUACUUACCGUAUAUCCAGAUAGCAGAAUGGACCUUGCCGACGAAUUUCAGCAGGUGAUGGACGGAUUGUCUCAACACGAGCGUAAAAAAGUGGAGGAUCAUCUCUUACGCGAAAUUGAAAAGGCCAGACUCAUAGAACGUCAAAAUGCCCAAGAGCAGAUUCAUCGCUCCCAAGAGCAGAUUCAUCGCUCCCAAGAGCAGAUUCUUCUUCGCGACCAGCAGAUUAAAGAAUUAAAAGAAGAGCUUUUCAAAGAUAAAUUAAAAUCCCUGGAGAAAAACCAAAACCAAAAAGCCGCCUGUGAGGACGAGCAGGACGAUUCCAGUUUAGGAACCAGCCGGGGCCCCGCUGAUAAGAUGCCGGCGGCCAAAAGGGCCAAAAGGGGUCCAACUAAGAGGAAGAAGGAGCAGCAGCAGGACGAUUCUGGUUUAGGAACCAGCCGGGGCCCCGCUAAUAAGAGUCCGGCGGCCAAAAGGGCCAAAAGGGGUCCAACUAAGAGGAAGAAGGAGCAGCAGGGCGAGGAGCAGCACGAUGAGGAGCAGCAGGGCGAGGAGCAGCAGGCUGAGGAGCAGCAGGCUGAGGAGCAGCAGGCUGAGGAGCAGCAGGGCGAGGAGCAGCAGGGCGAGGAGCAGCAGGCUGAGGAGCAGCAGGGCGAGGAGCAGCAGGCUGAGGAGCAGCAGGCUGAGGAGCAGCAGGGCGAGGAGCAGCAGGCUGAGGAGCAGCAGGCUGAGGAGCAGCAGGCUGAGGAGCAGCAGGCUGAGGAGCAGCAGGCUGAGGAGCAGCAGGGCGAGGAGCAGCAGGGCGAGGAGCAGCAGGCUGAGGAGCAGCAGGGCGAGGAGCAGCAGUAAUCAUCUCUGCUGACAUCACAGAGGAGAAGGAAGGAAGGACCUCCAAUAUUUCUAAUACACGUUUACUAAAUAUUUGUUCCUGUAUAAAUGUUCACUGUUGUUAAAAUAGUUUUUUAGUUAGUAUUUUUGUAAUGGCUGAUAGUUAUUUAUUCACUUGAAAUAAAAGGUUCAGGCUGACCUGAGUUAUUUUCAGUGUGGUAACAUGCUGCCCUCUAGUGGCAGGAGUAUAGAUUUUGAUUUUUUUUUUGUUGAUU